AUGGCACUCUCAUCCUUCCAAAGAGGCGACCAGGUCGAAGUCUGCAGCAAACUUGAAGGCUUUCUUGGCUCUUAUUACGAGGCCACCGUCGUGGCAAACAUGGGCACCAACUACGUUGUCCAGUACAACAACUUGGUCGAGGAGUUCAACGACGCUGUGCCGCUGAAAGAGACCGUCAAGGCCGCCGAGGUCCGCCCUUUGCCGCCGGAAAUCAGGGAGGCUAAUAAUAAUGGUGCUGGGUUUCAUGUGGGUGAUAGGAUCGAUGCUUACGAUCUUGAUGGGUGGUGGGUCGGUACAGUUUCGUCGGAGGAUAAUGGGUCUGGGUAUCAGUCUGUGUUUUUUGAGUAUACUGGGCAAGAGCUGGAGUACCCAGUUUUGAAGCUGAGGGUUCAUCAGGAUUGGCGCAAUGGGAAAUGGGUCUUGUCCAAGAAGACCAAGAGGACUGUUGUGCGUUGA